AUGUGGCCCCCUCUUACCCCGCCCCCUGUCGCUAUGUCGGAAGAAACCCGACAGAGCAAAUUGGCCGCGGCCAAGAAAAAGUUGAGAGAAUUCCAGCAAAGGAACAGCACUGGUGUUCCUGCAGGAGUGAAGAAGAAAAGAAAAAUAAAAAAUGGCAGUAGUCCCAAGACAACUUCUGGUGGUUGUAGCCCGCCUGAGGAUGCGCCCAAAGAUCGCACUGCUCCUGCACUGGAACCUGCUGAUGAUACCAUCUUACCUGGCAGUGUCCAUCCUGCCAGUGCUGGUUCACUUAACUCUACUAAUAUGACAUCGCUUCAGAACCAUGAUGCAAACAACGGCACUAUCUCCAUGGAUGAAAAUGAGUCUCUGUCAUCUACUGAGAGUCUGCGACAGAUUUCACAACAACUCAAUGGGCUCAUAUCUGAGUCUGCAUCCUAUGUCAAUGGAGAGGGCCUAGCAUCUUCUGUUAACAUAAAGGAUCUGGAGAACCGGUACCAAGAACUAUCAAUUGCCCUGGAAGCGAGUACUGUAACAAACAAACAACUCAGUAGCAAGAUAGAGGAAUUGAAUCAGCAAAACCAGGAUAUCACGGACCAACGAGAAAACGAUAAAAAAGAAUUUGAGCAAAAGUUUGCAAAGGAGCAAGGGGCUCUCCGGCAACAAUUACAGAUUCACAUCCAGACUAUCGGUAUCUUGGUUUCUGAGAAGUCGGACCUACAGACAGCUUUGACCCAUACUCAGCAUGCAGUGAGACAGAAAGAAGGAGAACUAGAGGAGGUUGCCAGUCGCCUGAAGGCUUCCCGACAGCGCAUCGGAGAGCUGGAGAGAACUCUGUCUUCAGUCUCCAGACAGCAAAAGCAGGCUGAAAAGCACAACAAGGAAUUAACCCAAGAUCGAGAUUCUCUCAGGCUGCAGCUAUUCAAGCAAAGCAACAGCAAUGAGGAUUUAACACAGCAGAACUCCGAGUUGGCGGAGCAGGUUCGAAUCUUAGCGAAACAAAAGACGGCCAUGCAGCAUGAAGUGGAGGAACUGCAAAAGAAGUUAGAAAUGUCAGAGCUCUUACUGCAACAGUUCUCUAGCACUGAAAGCAACCAGGUGUUACAGCAGGCCCAGGCACAGCAGGCCAAGAUGGAGAGACAUGUGGAAGAGCUCACGGAGACGGUUAAGCAACUGCAGGUGGAGAGAGACCGAUAUGUAGAGACUCUGAAAACAGAACACACCAUUUGGCAGCAGCAGAUGCAGCAGUUGUCGGAGCAGGUGCAGACAUUGGGCAAAGAGAAGGAACAUGGCAUGGUUCGGGUACAGGAGCUGGAGGCCAGUUUGGCUGAAUUCAAGAACCAGACAGCUGUCCCCCCAUCUGAGGAGCCCCCUGCAGGGCCCUCGAAGGAGGAACUGCGGCUGCAAGCCGACAAUGAACAACUGCAAAAGGAGCUGGAGAAGCUAACAGGGCAGCUGCAGUUUCAAGUGAAAGAUAACGUGACCCUGAAUGACGAGAUUCAGGAGCGGGAGCAGCGGCUGCGGGAGCUCGAGCGGAUAGCUGAGUGCUGGAAUGAGCAGGAAGCGGCUCGCCAGAAGAUUCUGGAGACUAUGCAGAGUGACCGCAUCACCAUCAGCCGUGCUCUCUCCCAGAACCGGGACCUCAAGGAGCAACUGGCCGAGCUUCAGGAUAGCUUCGUCAGGCUGACCAAUGAGAAUAUGGAGUUGACUAACGCCCUUCAAUCGGAGCAGCAUAUCAAGAAGGAGCUGGCCAAGAAGCUGGGCCAGCUACAGGAGAAGCUGGGGGAGCUGAAGGAGACGGUAGAAACGAAAACUCAGGAGGCUCAGAGUCUGCAGGAGCAGCGAGACCAGUACCUGAGCCAUUUGCAGCAGUACGUGGCCACCUAUCAGCAGCAUGUAGUAUUAUAUCAACAUCUGGCCUCUGAGAAGGAGGAGCUGCAUAAGCAGUUACUGCUCCAGACCGAGCACAUGCAACAGCUGCAGCACGAGGAAGCACAGAGAAAGGCGGCAACUGAGAUGGUCCACCAAGAGUUGCAGCAGACCCAGGAGCACCUGGAAGCUUCCAGCCAGCAAAACCAGCAGCUGCAGGCCCAGUUGAGCCACAUGGCUCUGCCUGAGGAAGGUAAGUAAGACUGCCCAGAAGGAGAAGAGAGAGGAGACGGGCUGAAUGAGGAGGCUCCGCAGCUAGAGCUGAGCAUCCCUGAAGACGUGGAAGGCCGAGACACGCUGGUGGCCUUCUUCAACUCAGCCCUAGCCAGCGCUAGGAAAGAGCAGGCACGGCUGAGGGAGCAGCUAAAAGAGGAAAAGUUACGCUGCCAGCAGUUGACUCUGGAAGCCACAUCCCAGCAUAAACCAGAGGUCCCAGCCCCUGGGCCUGGGGAGGGCAGCGUGUCUAGGGAGACUUACCAGGCUCUACAGGUGACCAUGGAGAAGCUACAGGGCCGAUUUUCAGUUGUCAUGCGGGAGAAAGUGGAUCUACAAGAACGGCUAGACCAAUUAGAACACCGUUGCAUCCAGUUGUCAGGAGAGACGGACACCAUUGGUGAGUACAUUGCCCUCUACCAGAGUCAGAGGGCAGUGCUGAAGGAGAGGCAUCGUGCGAAGGAGGAAUAUAUUAGCCGGCUGGCUCAGGACAAGGAAGAGAUGAAAGUGAAACUGCUGGAGCUGCAAGAGCUCAUGCUACGGCUGGUGGGCGAGAGGAACGAGUGGUACCAGAAAUAUCUAGUCACUUCCCAGAGCUCCACUGCUGGUGAGCACACAGCAGCCCCUCCAGCCCCUCAGGAGCUUGACGCUGCCCAAGGCCAAGGCCUCUGUGAAGUAAGCCUGGCUGAUGAUGUGGAGCCUGUUCCAGGAGGGGCUCUCUCAGGCCAGCCCGCCACUGAGAACGCCACUGCCCAGCAGAUAAUGCAGCUGCUGCGGGAGAUCCAAAAUCCGAAGGAGUGCCGAGGCCUGGGCAAAAACCCAUGCAUUCCGUUUUUUUAUCGGCCUGAUAAUAACGACGAGGUAAAGAUCUUGAUGAUCUGA